AUGCUAUCUGCCCUUGAUUACUUUGACAAAGCUCCGCUAAUGACGGUGCCUGGACGCACACAUCCCGUUGAAAUAUUCUACACUCCUGAGCCUGAACGUGAUUAUCUGGAAGCAGCUAUUCGCACUGUUAUCCAAAUCCACAUGUGUGAAGAAACAGAGGGCGACAUUCUUCUUUUUCUCACUGGACAGGAGGAAAUCGAGGAAGCGUGCAAACGUAUUGCACGAGAAGUGGAAAGUCUAGGUCCAGAUGUUGGCGAGCUUCGCUGCAUUCCUUUGUACUCGACACUGCCUCCCAAUUUGCAACAACGAAUUUUCGAUCCUGCUCCUCCUAAGAAGGCGAAUGGAGCUAUCGGUCGCAAGGUAAAACUUAGGUUCUAUUAUUAA